CUCGUGCAAGCCUGGAGGAGGUUGAGAGCCCUCAGGCUCCAGCCCCUCGGACUGCCAGCAGCAAGGCGACGGAAGGGAUGCAGAGGGUGCUGUGAAGUCUCGCCCCGUGCGAGCCGCCUGUCUGGCACAGCUGCUCAGCGCUGGCUGCCGGAGCAAUGAGCCAUCGCUGCAGGGACACGCAGCCCCGGCCGUCACCCUGGGAAGGUCCCUUUCCCAGCCUCUCCUUGCCAUCGCUCUGUUCCAGCAGCUGAUUUCGGGGGUGCUGGUGCGCUCGCAGUGCUCCCCGCGUGCCUGGAGAUGGCCCCGGGCGGCGGCAGCUCGCUGACCUGAAACCCAGCGUGUGCCAUGCCCGGGACUCGCUGCCUUCGCCCACCUCCCCGAGAGCCUUUAAAGAGACACCGAGGAGCUCGGCGAGCCAGGGGAGCGCUUCCCCGCGGGGCUGCCCCGGUGCCCGGCACACUCCCAGCCCCAGGGAGGAAGAUGGAGACGGAUCGCAUGGAGGGCAGGGGAGCAUCGUGUGCCCGGCGCAGGGCGGCACCGCUGCCGGGGCCCGGCUCGGCCUGAGCGCGGCACGGCGCGGCACCGCCCGGCCCUCCCGGCUCCGGGGGCUCAGCCCCAAGGACAGCGCUCGCCACCCGGGCAGCGUGGCAAAGACCUGGAGUAGCCCAGGGCCUGGUGAGACGGGUACCCCCAACGCGGCGACCACAGCCAUCCUGUGAGCUCGCCCGCCUUCCGAGGGACUUCCAGCAGGUGGAACCCGCUCCUGCUCUGCUGAUCAUGGUCAACAAGACCUUAAACUACUGGGGUCCCAGUUUCGAGGAGGACGUUAUCAACAUCAACGUGGGGGGUCUGCGGAGGCGGCUCAGCUCCAGCGCCCUCUCCAAGUUCCCCGACACGCGCCUGGGCCGGCUGCUGUCCUGCGACUCGGAGGAGUCCAUCCUGCAGCUCUGCGAUGACUACGACGUGAGCGCCAGGGAGUUCUACUUCGACAGGAACCCCGGCUUCUUCCUCUACGUCCUCCACUUCUACCAGACGGGCAAGCUGCACGUCAUGGAGGAGCUGUGCGUCUUCUCCUUCUGCCAGGAGAUCGAGUACUGGGGCAUCAACGAGUUCUUCCUGGACUCCUGCUGCAGCUACCGCUACCACGAGCGCAAGCUGGAGAGCCGGCACCACAACUGGGAUGAGGAGAGCGAGGUGAGCAGCGUGGACACGUCCCCCGAUGAGAUCUCUGACAUCAACCACGAGCUGCUGCGCUACAGCACCCUGCGCUGCGGCAACGUGCGCAAGCGCCUCUGGCUCACCAUGGAGAACCCCGGCUACUCCAUCCCCAGCAAACUCUUCAGCUUCGUGUCCAUCAGCGUGGUGCUGGUGUCCAUAGCCACCAUGUGCAUCCACAGCAUGCCCGAGUACCAGGAGGUGGAUGAGAACGGCAACGUGCUCGAUGAGCCCAUCCUGCACAAGCUGGAGUAUUUCUGCAUCUCCUGGUUCACCUUCGAAGUGUCUGCCCGCCUCCUGCUCUCACCCAACCCCAGGAAGUUCUUCAAGCACCCCCUGAACCUGAUUGACAUUGUCUCAGUGCUGCCCUUCUACUUCACCCUCCUGGUGGACGUGACCAUGGGCAGUGACUCGGAGCUGGGCAACCUGGGCAAGGUGGUGCAGGUGUUUCGGCUCAUGAGGAUAUUCCGGGUGCUGAAGCUGGCUCGGCACUCCACCGGACUGAGGUCACUGGGGGCCACCUUGAGGCACAGCUACCGGGAGGUGGGCAUCCUGCUGCUCUACCUGGCUGUGGGGGUCUCUGUCUUCUCUGGAGUGGCCUACACUGCUGAGAAGGAGGAAGACGUCGGCUUCGACACCAUCCCAGCGUGCUGGUGGUGGGGCACGGUCAGCAUGACCACCGUGGGCUACGGUGACGUGGUGCCCGUCACCGUGGCAGGGAAGCUGGCGGCCUCGGGCUGCAUCCUGGGGGGCAUCCUGGUGGUGGCACUGCCCAUCACCAUCAUCUUCAACAAGUUCUCCCACUUCUACCGCAAGCAGAAGGCGCUGGAGGCGGCCGUGAGGAACAGCGGCAAGAAGGACCCUGAGGAGGUGGGGAGCGUCUCGGAGGCCCUGAGCGAGAGCUCCCUGGGCAGGGCCAGCCCUGAGCACUGUGGGCUGACCCCCGGCGGGCACCCCAGCCCCUGAGCCCUGGCACUGCAGCCCUGGGCACGUGGGACCCGCCUGCUCACGGUGACACGGCAGAGGAGCCAUGGCUGGCAUCGCCCCUGCCCAUGAGGGACAGGAGGGGUUGGAGCAGGUGCCCAGAGGCUGUUGGAUGCUUCCAGACCCUGUGCCUGCCUGGAUGUGUCUCAGCAUUCACCGUGCUCACCCAUGGCUGCAAAGGGAGGUUGUGGUGCUCGAUACACCCCUGCCAGAAAGGGAGGCAGAAAAUAAGAAAUACAAGUGACCCCUGAUCAGGCACUGCCCCAGAUGCAUGGAGAGGGACUUUCCUCUGCCCUAAGGUUUUGUGUUGUCCAGGGUGAGGUUAAAUAGCUCAAGGAUGAGGCAGCCCUCAACCAGGCUGUUAUAGAUCCUGUGCCAUGUUGACAGCUCCAGCCCCAGCCUUGUCCUACCCUAGCUGGAAACAGCCUCAAAAGGCUCGACUGCCCCUCCAGCCAUAAAGGAAAGGGACCUGAGAAUGAGCCUGUAUGGGAGGAGAGGUAGUGUCCAGCUCAGGGUGAGCCCCAUGGCCCCCAGCCCCUACAGUGGGAUUGACUGAACCCCACCUUUCCAUUGCAGCCAGGAUUUAUCUGCUGUCCUGCACUGUCACUGCCAGGACACCCCUGGGCUGUGCUGGGAGUGUGGCACAGCUGGGACCACUGCCCACCCGUGGGGGAGGGACACCAGCUGGGGAUGACCAGGCAGAAGAAACGCUGUCCUCUGAAGCAGCAGCAGUCAAAGGGGUCAAGCUGGGGGAACUGAGGAGAGAGUCCCAGGGGGGUUGUCCCUCAAGCCCUGGUGUCCUUCGCCACAGCCCCUAGCUUGGCUUAAUCCUGUCUCUUCCCUCCCUGUCUCAGGGCCAGGCAGGGGCAGGAGGGCUGUAAGGAGGGGGUCACACUGCCCUGGGUGUCCCCACAGGGAGCACCUUCCCUCUGCAGGGAGAGAGCUGGGGCAGAGGGGACCUUGCACCACUUUUGUCACUGCAGGCUCUGAGCACCUCACAGCCAGGGAGCUCAGCCUGGAACAACAAACCCCCUUCCUGCCUGGACCCCCAGCCCACCUGAGCACUUUGGGGGCUGCUCCCAGCACAGCAUUAAUUCCCUACAGAGCUUUGCCUUGCCCUCCCACCCCAUUCUCUGUUUGGAAAUUGUGCAGCUCCGUUGCACACAAAGGAGCACGCCCAGCAAUGCCUGUUUCGAGCAGGAGAAACGUGCAUCCCGCAUUCCCAAACCACCUCAAACACAAGUUGAAGGCUGCAGGAUGACCCCAGGUACCUGGAUCAUGAGUUUGCUGCUGGGUUCUCCUGGCUGGGUUUCAGCACAGCUGUAGUUGCAGUGCCAGUUCUGCCCACAGCAAUCUGCUGGUGACAGGCAAGGAAAGCCAAACCAACGCUGGUGCAGGUCCAGCCUUUCCAAACCCAGUGGGACUCGGGGAGGGUCCCCAAGGCAGGGUGGUGGUGUGGGAUGGGGGAUGCUCACGCUUCUGGCAUCAUCAAGUCUUCCAGUACCGACGGUUCAUGGUCUGCUCUGCUUAUUCCUGCUGGGAGCUGGGACUGGAGAGCAGCACCCUCUGCUCCAGCCAGCUCCUGCUGCACUGUUACUUGAAUAAAGGAAGGAGUUUCCCCUUCUCAACAUAAAUAUUCCAGUAGCAAAAUGUAUUCAAAUGUGAAGAGCAAAUUACAUCUAUUAAUGAAAAAAGCAUUAUGCAAAUAAUUAGGAGCAUGUAAAUGAAUUUUCUAUCUAUGCAUGGGAUGCAUACUGUA